AUGCCGGCGAUUCUAGAGAUCGAGAACCUUGAGGUGAACUUCCGCGGCUUUCGCGCGGUGGAUGGCUUCGAUAUGGCCGUAGAAGAAGGAGAGCUGCGUGUCCUGAUCGGGGCUAACGGCGCCGGCAAGACGACGCUCAUGGACCUCAUCACCGGCCGCACCAAGUCGACCGGCGGGAAGGUGACCUUCUUGGGCGACAACAUUACCAAUGGGCAGGAACACAAGAUUGCGCGGCGAGGGAUCGGCCGGAAAUUCCAGGUGCCGAGCGUAUUCAAGGACUUGACGGUGCGCGAAAACUUCGAGGUGGCUCAUACCCGCAGCCUGUCGGUAUGGCGGAACCUCUCGGUGAGCGCGAAGCCGCGCCAGCGAAACCGUCAGAUCGAGGGCGCGAUGGAGCUCACCAGCCUUGCGGAUGAGAGCGGCACGUUCGCCGGCAGCCUGUCCCACGGGCAAUCCCAAUGGCUCGAACUCGGCAUGGUAUUGGUGCAAUCGCCCAAACUGGUGCUGCUGGACGAGCCUACGGCGGGCAUGACGGCCCUCGAGACGGAGAAGACCUCCGAGAUCAUCAACGGCCUCAAGAGCGAACAUUCCAUCAUUGUCGUCGAGCAUGACAUGACCUUCGUACGGUCCAUUUGCGAGAUCAUUACCGUCAUGCAUUUGGGAAAGAAGCUCGCGGAGGGGACGGUCGAACAAAUCGAAAAUGACCGGGCAGUGAUCGAUGCUUAUCUAGGCAGCGGCGGCAUUACCCAUGCUUGA